AUGAAUUUCCCAAUAAGAAUUAUCGACUUGUCGCUGCAGUGUCCAAAGGUGCGAAUAAGCAGCGGCUGGUUAGACCUGUUUCCUCUUCCCUGCAAGAAAAACACAGAAUGCAGUAGCGUUAUGGGAAAGCAGCACUUAUGUUGUAAAGGAUUUUGUUCGAAAGGGGAAAACAGGCAGACAGCAGAUUUCACACGAAGCAUCGAGACAAGCAGUAAUGUAGAGCUAAUAAGCCCAAUCACGAGCACUUCCACAAGCACAACAACCACUCCAACUACCACAACCACCUCAACCACCACAACCACUCCAACCACCACAACCACAAGCACCACUACUACCACAACAACUACAACUCCGAGUACAACCAGUUCAACAACAACCACAACGACGCCGAAGCCCACCACAACUUCUACGGAACCACCGCGGCCUUUCUUGCAAAUCUUGCCGAUACAGACUACGCCAAAACCUAGUGCCCCACUUAAAAAAGGCAAAACGCAAAAAUUCGUCUGCCCCAAAUCAGUGCCCAAUGUGUUGUUUCCUAUUAUCUGCGAGAACAACUCUCAGUGUAGAUUAACUGGCGCUGACCAGGUUUGCUGUCAAGGCCAGUGUGUGAAAGGCCUCCUUGCCCCACGGCCCACCAUCAAGGAACAAUCACACCAACCGAUCCUAGGUGUGAUUCCACGGGAAUGUCCGGCGGCACCACUUGGCGAGUUAUUAUUUGAGGUGCAAUCUUGCAAAACUGACGCCGAUUGCUGGCCUCGUGUCUGUUGUCCUGACGGUAGCCGGUCUUACUGCCGUACAGCAAGAGCUCGGCUUGAUUUGGUGCCAGUAGCCAACAGAAUAGAUGCGCCUAUCCGUAUGUUAGAGUCGUAUCUCCAAUGUUCUCCGCCGCCAAAAUUCGACUCCUUCCCACAGAGUUGCAGCUCCAGUGUUGACUGUUUCCCUAACUUGUGUUGUGCAGAAGGUGGCAAGAAACAUUGCCGACCACCACAACGUAGCUUCCUUUCAUUAAUAGCUGGAGCAGCCCAGGUAAAACUCAUAAAUUCAAGAGAAUACCGAAUAUAG